UCUCAGAUGCAACAAUGGCUCAACUAUCAUUCCUGAGGGAGAACAUGGAGCGUAUCCAAGCAGUGGAGAAUUCAUUCGGUCCAUCUGGGCGGCCUCUGUCUAAGCCGGGCCGGGUUCUGAUGGGAGAGGGUCACCUGAUGAAGCAGAACCGAAAGAAGACUGAGCCGAAGGUCUUCUUCCUCUUCAACGAUAUUCUGGUGUACGGCAGCGUGAUUCUGAGCGGCCGCUGGCACACCAACCAGAGGAUUAUACCGCUAGAGGACAUUCAGCUGGAGGACAUGGAGGAUGGUGUGGGAUGUCAGAACCAGUGGUUGAUCCGUACACCACAGAAGUCCUUCUUUGUGUCUGCUCCUUCUUACAAAGAGAAGCGGGCCUGGAUGGACCACAUCAAAGGCUGCUGUGACAGUCUGCUGAAGGGCGGCACCUGCCGGCCUGGCGCCACCUUUGCUAUGUCUUGGAUCCCGGAUCGCGCUGCUUACAGAUGCAUGCGCUGCUUGAAGAGAUUCACGGCCACCAUUCGCCGACACCACUGCAGGAAAUGUGGCUUCGUGGUCUGCAAUGCAUGCUCCACGGCGCGGGAAGUGAUAGACCACAUUCACCCGACUAAGAAACUGAGAGUCUGCCGCCACUGCCACUCAAAGAAUGGAGAAGAGGAGAUGUCUCGCAACAGGGUGGACAGCAUAGGGAACUGCUUAGUGGUGGAGGAUGUGGCAUCAUCAAGUGGUAGUGAUGAGGAAGAAGAUGAUAUGAUGUCAUAUCUCCCUCCCGGUAGCUGGGUGAACGCCGAGGUGGAAAUCUGGGGACCAUAACCUGGAACCUGGCACCUAUUAAUCCAGCAACCGCUGCAGCCUUAUUGACCAAAUGCAUUAUAAUGAAGCACAUUUGACUUUUGAAUGGACUCAGUGAUGAGAAAAUGUUGAUACAAAGCUGUUUUUGUAAAUACAGUAAAAGUGUUUGAGAUCAUAAUCAAUUAAUGUGGUCCAGUGAAGGGCACCCCACAUUCCUUUUGCCUUGAGCCCCCAAAAUCCCUUGAAACACCCCUGCUCAUGGGCAUCAGUGUACGGUAACAUGAUAUAUGAUAUAUAUAUAUACUGUAUAUAUACAUAUAUGUAUGAUUUGUACACAUUUGCUGCUAUCAAUACUAGACUUUUUUACGCUUUACCUUUUUUUGUGUAUUUAAGAGUAUUUUUGUAUAUUUAUUUAUUUAAGAGUAUGAUAAUUGUUGUUUGGAGUCAAAGGAACCCACAAGUUUGAUUAAAAUCAUGUGUGUAUGUAUUAGUCACUGUUCACAUGUGGAUAAUCAUUUUUGAACACAAUAAAAGCACUGAAAAACA